AUGGCUGAAGCAAAGUUCCGCCUAACGCAGGAGGCGAGGCGAGAAGUCGCGCGCCGAUGCGGCGCUGAGGACAUGACUUUCGAGACUCCGUUAUACCUUGGAGAAUACUCUGCAGACCCAAUCACGGCCAUGACGCAGAUGAUCGACCUCGGGAGCUUUGCUCAAAGCACGAAGGAAGCUCUACUCAAACUCGGACACACGGAUCUUGCGGAAUUGAUCCACGACCUUCUAACGCCGGCGUACGACGAGAGCAUGAGAAGAGCGGACCUGCGCCUUUGCGCUAAAGCUUUCAAACUCGGAGUGUCACUAGCCAUUAACGGAGACAUAAGCGAAUUCUUCCCGAGCGCGUACCCUCAACAGCUAAAGACCGAUUGCAACAACUUCAAGGUCGACCUUUUCAGACUGCUACUGGACCUCUCGACGGACAAAGACGUUCCGGGCCCCCAAGGUAAAGGCAAACAGCGCGCGAUCAGCCUAUCGGUGGAUGAGCAAAUUGACGAAGCUACGCCGGAGCAUUCCAGCGAAGACGAAGAAGACGCACCACUACCGACAUCAAAGCGCAGCAAAUCUUCACUAUCGACAGCGUCCAAGGGCAAGGCGGCGAAGAAGUCUACGAAGGACUGGACGGCCACCCAUCCGAAACUGGACGCCGUAGGCUUUGACACUGCUGUGAAAGAGGUCUUGCGCAUCGGCCGCCAGUUCAAGUCGAAAGGCAUUACGGAGGUAGCGUACAGUCGACACAAAGCGGCACCCGACUGGUUUGACAAGAAUAGCAAGAUCUACGCGAGGAGAGCCGACGAUCUCCUUUCAGCAAUAGAUAAGAAUGGCCUCUAUCUGCUGCCUAAGAGCGAAGUAAAGAACUUCGGCGACCCCGAGAAGCUGAAUCGCGACCGCCUAGACAAAUCGAACAAUGCGAAGGGAGUCCCGCGCAAACGAUAG